AUGCCGCCUCCAACCCCACCUCUCCGAGCUCCUGCUGGAUUUCUCAACCGCGCCCUGAGCCCUUCGCGAAACCCAAUUCCUCGACUUCCCAACCUCUACACAAGCGGUCAAGCAUCCUCAGCGUCGACUCCAUCGGCCUCAUUGCGAUCGGCCCAGGCUCCUACAGCCCAACAAACCACAUCUGCCGCUUUUACGAGGCCAAUUGCCCAACAAACCGCCAGGAUGUCGAGCAUGCCAGCUACCGGCGGUCACAGCGAGACCCCUUUUCUUGACGACGAUGCUCGCCGACCCGUCGCUAACCAUUGCAAAGUUGCCAGCGGCUACAAGGCCCAAGGCUCGUACGAGCAGGUUGGCGGUUUCAAGACUUAUGUCACUGGGCCGGCCGAUGCCACCAAGGCAAUUCUCGUCAUCUUUGACAUCUUUGGCUUCUUUGACCAGACGGUCCAGGGCGCCGAUAUCCUGGCCACCAGCGACAAGCACCAGAAGUACAAGGUCUACAUGCCUGACUGGUUCAACGGCGAGCCCUGCCCUAUCGAGUGGUUCCCCCCGAACACCGAAGAGAAGCAGAAGAAUCUCGGCAACUUCUUCAAGAAGUUCCCGCCCCCUUCAGUCGCCGAGAAGGUCCCCGCCUUUGUCAAGGCCGCCAACGAGCACAACUCUUCGAUCAAGUCAUGGGGCAUCCUAGGGUAUUGCUGGGGAGGAAAGGUCGUUUCUCUCGCCACUUCCGGGGAUAAGACUCCUUUCUCUAUCGCUGCCGAGAUCCAUCCAGCCAUGGUCGACGCCAACGAUGCCUCUAGCAUCAAGGUCCCUCUCAUCAUGCUCGCGUCCAAGGACGAGGCUCCCGAGGAUGUCAAGAAUUUCGAGAGCAACCUGACGGUCGCCAAGCACGUCGAGACCUUCGGCGACCAGAUCCACGGCUGGAUGGCCGCUCGCUCGGACCUGACCGACGACCAUGUCAAGGAGGAGUACAUCCGCGGCUACAAGACGGUGCUCGAGUUCUUUGGCAAGCAGUGGAACUGA